AUGUCCAGCUCACCAAAGGAAACUAUGAUGCCUGAGAAAGCCGAUGGGAGGGAAGAGGAGGAGACCAAUUUAACCAACCGAAAAGCGGAGGACGUCCCCAGAUGCCCAUUCUCAGGCCUCGCUGCUACUGAUGGUGCUAAAUGCCCCUUCAGCGAUAUGACUGGCGACUUGCCGACUCUCCCUAGUGAUAGUAGCAAGGGAGAUAGUCUUAUGUAA